AUGCUUAAAUUGCAGCAAAGGACUUGCUCUCCAUGCAGUGACAUUUGUGAGGCAGUUUCAAGUGUUUGGUCCGUGCCUGCACAGUGUCUGAGGAGGAACCAGUAUCUUGAGAGUUCGCCAGUUCGGUUAAUUUGCAAAGCCCUAAAGAAGGUUAAAAUUGUCUAUUUUUGCAAGUUUGGCCCUUACUGGUUACGCUUAUGCUUCCAAAUCACUAGUGAUGGCUCAGGAAUGAUGUUGAGAUCUAGGAUACUAUGUUCUCAUGGCACGUCAAUUUCUCCGUAG